ACACCUACAACCCAAAAGGACACAGACGUGUAUUUGAGCUUGGAAUCUAUAUGUACAAUCUUAUGGAAUAAUUGUAUCACUAUACAGGUGCAGUGUGUAGCCAUGGCUGCAUGGGUGGAGGCGACCACAAGGGAAAUGGGCCAAUCGCUCAUUAACCCAGACAAACCUUCAGUUUCAGCCUCUGCACUCCCUGGAGACACGGGGAAGCCAGCACUGGGCCCAAAACCCCACCUCAUGCCCAAACCAUUUGUCCUGCAAAGGAACGCCAGCGUCCACCUGAUCCGGGCCCCGAAAACCAACUUUAGCAGAGAGCUCAAUCGAGCCGCCUCUUCUGAAGUGCUUUUUGACAUCACAAAACCUGGUACUGGUGGUUCAAAACCAUCAGAAUCCCUAAAAUCAGGAUCAAACGGCACAGUAAAUGGCUCUAACCAAAGUGCAGAUCCUAAACCGGUCUCACUCAGCCAAAAACCUGACUUAAUGGCUAAGGCUAAACCAGAACCCACAAAGACUCCUGGUUCUAAUUACCAAACCGGUCUAAACUCAAAGACUGGUGUGACCGCUGAAGAUGUGAAGGACGUUCAGCCCAGGAGCAGAGCAAAAUCCAUGGGUUCUCAGGAUCAAAAGAUCCUGAGCCAGAAGGUCCAAGGAGAAGCAGCCAAGACUGAAGCGGACGUCAAAAUGUCUUCAAGAUGCUGGCCGCCUCGAAAUCGUCUCUCCGUGGAGCUGACCUCCAAGUUCGAGUCACCAUCUCAACCAGAGAAAGAGGUGAGGAGAGAUGCUGAAACCAGCAAGAUGGAGAAAGAUUGGCCGCCGCAUUCUCCUUCUGAGUCCAGGUCUUCAAAGCCUCUGAUGGAGAAAGGAGAGACAGGAGAUGAGGAGGUCAGCGGAGGCAGCAUUAAGAGACGGAUCAGCCUUCUCUUCGAUCGAUCUACAGCAGCUCAGUGCAGGGACACCUUCAACAAAAGAGACAAUCCACAAGCCGAAAUAUCUGUUGACAUUAAACAGAGAAUCCAGAAUCUGAGCUUGGAUGCACCAAGGACGCGCUUGCCAUCCACUGGUGCUCCAAAAAGUCCACCAUCCGAGAAGACACAGAGCACCUCAGAUGAGCCACCGAAUGAGAGAUCUUCUGAAAAACCUGCAACAACAAAAAAGGUUCCUGGUGACAAACCAGCAAGUACGACAGAAAUCAAGAACUCUGCUGCUAGUGUGGAGAAUGUAGAAGAAGAGGAAGAUGAUGUUGCCAUUCCUGUUGGGAUAAGCCUAGAUGCGGAGAAGAAGAGAAGGGAAGAAGAAGAAAAACAGAGAAAAGAUGAGCAGUUAGAGAAAGAAAGACAACAGCGGGAAAGGGAAAGACUUUUGGAAGAGGAGAGGGAGGCAAGAGAAAUAGAGAGACAGAAAGAGGAGGAACAAGAGAGAAAACAGGAAGAGGAAAAGCAAAGACAGAUGGAGGAAAGGAGAAAGCAAGAAGAAGAAGGAAUGAGAAGAAUUGAAGAAGAAAGAAAAGAGGAGGAGAGGAGGAGACAAGCCGAAAAAGAGAGGGAGAGAUGGAUCGAAGAGGAGAAGAGAAGGAUUCAAGAAGAAAAAGAGCGACUGAGAGAAGAGGAAAGACUGGAGAAACUAAAGAAAGAGAAAGAAAUGGAGGAAAGAAAACGAAUGGAAGAAGAGAGACAGAAAGAGGAGGAAAGAUUGAGACAGGAACGAGAAAAAGAGAGGCUACAGAAGGAAAAAGAGAUGGAAGAAGAGCGGAGAAGAAUUCAGGAGAUGGAGAGACAAAGAGAGGAAGAAAGAUUGAGAAAAGAGCAAGAAUUAGAGAGAAUAAGGAAAGAAAAAGAGAUGAAAGAAGAGAAACAAAUAAUUCAAGAGAUGGAGAGAAAAAGAGAGGAAGAAAGAUUGAGAAAAGAGCGAGAAUUAGAGAUAAUAAGGAAAGAAAAAGAGAUGAAAGAAGAGAAACAAAGAAUUCAAGAGAUGGAGAGACAAAGAGAGGAAGAAAGAUUGAGAAAAGAGCAAGAAUUAGAGAUAAUAAGGAAAGAAAAAGAGAUGAAAGAAGAGAAACAAAGAAUUCAAGAGAUGGAGAGACAAAGAGAGGAAGAAAGAUUGAGAAAAGAGCGAGAAUUAGAGAUAAUAAGGAAAGAAAAAGAGAUGAAAGAAGAGAAACAAAGAAUUCAAGAGAUGGAGAGACAGAAACAAGAGGAAAGAUUGAGACAGGAACGAGAAUUGGAACGAAUAAGGAAAGAAAAAGAGAUGGAAGAAGAGAAACAAAGAAUUCAAGAGAUGGAGAGACAGAAACAAGAGGAAAGAUUGAGACAGGAACGAGAAUUGGAACGAAUAAGGAAAGAAAAAGAGAUGGAAGAAGAGAAACAAAGAAUUCAAGAGAUGGAGAGACAGAAAGAGGAGGAACGAUUGAGACAGGAACGAGAAAAAGAGAGACUACAGAAGGAAAAAGAGAUGGAAGAGGAGAGGAGAAGAAUUCAAGAGAUGGAGAGACAGAAAGAGGAGGAAAGACUGAGAAAAGAGCGAGAAUUAGAGAGAAUAAGGAAAGAAAAAAAGAUGGAAGAAGAGCGAAGAAUUCAGGAGAUGGAGAGACAGAAAGUGGAGGAAAGAUUGAGACAAGAACAAGAAUUGGAACGUAUAAGGAAAGAAAAAGAGAUGGAAGAAGAGAAACAAAGAAUUCAAGAGAUGGAGAGACAGAAACAAGAGGAGGAAAGACUGAGAAAAAAACAAGAACAAGAAGAAGAGCGGAGAAGAAUUCAGGAGAUGGAGAGACAGAGAACAGAGGAAAAACUGAGACAGGAGCGAGAAAUAGAGAGACUACAGAAAGAGAGAGAAAUUGAAGAAAGAAAACGAAUGGAAGCAGAGAGACAGAGAGAAGAAGAAAGACUGAGACAGGAACGAGAAAGAGAGAGACUAAAGAAAGAAAAAGCGAUGGAAGAGGAGAGACAAAGAAUUCAGGAGUUGGAGAGACAGAAAGAGGACAGAUUGAGACAAGAACGAGAAAAUGAGAUGGAGAUGGAAACAUGUAAAGCAGCAGAGAGAUUACGAGAGGAAGUUCCUACGAGUUAUGAUUUAAUAUCGUUUGACGCGGAGGGACCGGCGGCGUCACAGACUCUCGUCUCCACCGUCCAGGCCGCUGACGUCCCGCCUCGGCUCACUGAAGUGAUUUAUGAUGACUUUUCAGUGAAACCCCGAAGAUGGGGAACCGGGGCGAGACGUUCCUCGACACCGUCUCCAUCCAGAGAACCUCCUGCUGCUCCUGACCACAGUCUACACCCAGAACCAAAGUCCAGUGAUCCUGGAUCCCAAGAACCAUGCGGAGAUCAGGUAUAUGUGCAUGAUCUGACCGGAUUUGAACCUGAAGCUUCCAGUCCACAGAACUCGACCGAAAGCAGAAAGCAAACAUAUUUAUUUGAGGAGUCCAAACCAGAGGACCUGCUGGAGCCAGAAACUCAAUCUGAUGAGGGUCAGUUGAAGGACGGUGAGCCCGAGGAGGAUGCAUUUGCAGAACAGGACACAGAGAAUCUAAUCGGGGAAACCGACGAACAAAAUGAAAACAACGACACUGUUGAUGAUCACGCUACACAGGCCAGAAUCAAUCAAGUCCUACAGAGACUGACUCAGGCCAGACGACGAAAUACAUCUACUGAUUCAGACACAGCAGACGUCCCAAUUCAGGAGGAGCCCGAACCGCUACCGGUUCUUGAGACUGCAGCUCCUCUACCGGACUCCAGAGUUUUCCGUUCAAAGGUUGAUCUGGGGAAGAAACGGAGCAUAAAGCGUUCCAGACCGUCUCGUUCUAUACGACAGAGAGUCGCCCUGCCCUCUCUGACAGAGGGAACGCAACCCGACUGGAGGUUCUGUGACUCCACAGAAGCAAAAGAUCAGUGGUCCAAUGGAGCGGACUCUGAAUCAGAAGAGGAACCGUCCCAGGACGUCACGUCCUCUCCAGCCCCGAGCCAGCCCAAGAGAGUCCCUGUGUUUCCUGGGAUGGACCCAUCUGCCCUCAAGGCCCAGCUAAAGCGGAGAAGUGGAGUUACAGAAACAGUAAAUCCAACAGAAGCGCAGACGCCUCCGUCUGUCCCCACACGCUCUCCCCGCACACCUACCAGGUCCUUCGGCCCUAGAGUGCUGCCCCCUGUUGACGCCAAGGACAGUGGGUCCGGCUCUUCACCCUCCUGGCUGCUUGAGCUCAAAUCCAAGAAGCGAAUGAGUCAACCUGAAAGUGAAGCAUGAAGCUCGUGAAGCUCAGGUUUGAUGCAGUUUAAGAGGAAGUCCGCUGCAGAGGAAGUCUGUGUGAUGCCACAAAGAUGCCAAAGGAACUGACUUACGUGAAUGAGAAGUGCAAAGAUCUUUCAUUCUCAUGCUGACUGAGUAUCAGACUAUUUUGAGUACAAGUCCUGGAGUUUGAAGGCUUUGCCAAGAUGGCGUCCUGUUAUGCACAUUUUUAAUUUUUACAUGAAAGUCUGUCAUAAUCUGGCAGCGUUAUAAUCGGCAAAAGAGUGUGUGUUUAAAAAGCAAGUGCUGUUCAUUUUCAUUUUGUUUACGUUUAUUAAUCCAGCAGAUGUUUUAUCUAAAGUGAGGAUGGUUAAAUUCAAGUUCCUCCAGUUCGAUCAGGGGCCAAAUGCACGUAUCUUCUGUUCAUCCCUGAUCGUCGAGAAGCGGAAAUCAGUAUAGCUUCAUGCUACAAUGCACUUUAAAUGAGUCAGACCACUGGAAAAGGUGCCUUAGGGCUCUUAGGCAUUAAAUUGCAUUUGAGUUAGAUUUUUCUGAUUUUAAAUAUCGUGUUUCUAAAAGUCUGAUCUUAAGAUGUUCAUUAUGGCAUUGCUAUAUGAAACCUUUUGUUUUCUCUGAAUUGUGUUCAUUCUGUUUACAACGAGCCAUUCCUUUAAGAGCAAUUCAUAAGCAUCAUUUGAUGGUAUUUUGAUCUCAUUCAGUUCAUUCUUUUAUUUGAUUCUCUAUGUUUCUACUCUAAUCAAAGCUAGUGUGCAGAAAAGCAUCAGCUGAUGUGCUUGGAUCUGACUGAUUGUCAUUUAUGAGGUUUUGUUUUUGUUGCCCAUGUCUUUUCAGUCCUGCCAAGAACACUUUUACAAACACAAAUCAGAGAUACGAUAAUGUCUAAUAAGUUGUGUCUGUGUUCCUUUUGAAAUGUUUUUCGGUCAUGUUUAUUUUUAGACUUCAGCUGUGUAAAUUGCUGCUGGAGGAAAAUGUUUACCUGUUUAAUGUUGGGAAACAUGAAUUGUGUUUUAUAAAAUAUGAAUUCAUUAAAUAUAUUUCUAAA